UGUCAAUAUUGUAAAUUGACAGGUUGCUUGCUAGCUCGGCGUCUCGUUCGUUUUCGUUUCUCGUUUCAUUUCAUUUCGUUCGAAUUGAAGGCGGUGCUAUUAAUCGUAGUUGUCCUUCACAGAUUUUGUUACCUUUCAUCGCUUUAUCUUUUAAAAUACUUUCGUUUUAAAUACGUCACGAAGCAGCGAUUACAAUUAAUAUUCAUUGAGAGUGAUUUCAGUGAUUGUGUUAAAAACAUGUCGUUUAUCGUGCUGUGAUUCGGUGUUUUAUUCAGUCACCAAUUAUCAAGUCCAAAGUGCGUGUUGUUUUCAAUUAAUAUUUAGUGUUUGUGAUUAACUUAAACGUGCCAAAAAUGUCUUUGGAAGAUAAAUUCAAUGCUGCGGUGAAUGUGAUCCGGAGUUUACCAAAGAGCGGGUCAUACCAGCCAAGCAAUGAGUUGAUGCUGCGUUUCUACAGCUACUUCAAACAAGCCACAGAAGGUCCGUGUGAUAAGCCUAAGCCUGGUUUCUGGGAUGUAGUCAACAGAGCAAAAUGGGAAUCAUGGAACAAAUUAGGCAAUAUGACAAAGGACGAGGCGAUGAAAGCAUACGUCGACGAAUUACAUAAGAUAGUGGAAACGAUGUCAUACAACUCAGAUGUGGCUUCGUUUCUGUCGGUGGACGAUGAGGACCCGAACUUCCCGAACAAUGAUCUGGAGCUGGUGGCCGGAGAUGUCCUGGCCAGGGUCAGGUCGGGACAGAAUACCCCUGUGUUAUCGGGCGCGUCGUCCCCAGUCCGCAGCGCGUCGCCGCCGCGACAGCGACACGACUCGGACGAUGAGUUUAUCGAUACAGUAGAUGUUAGUGUUGUUAUUGGGAAUCCAAGCCAAGUUAGAAGAUCGAACGUGGCAUGGGAUGAGGUUCAGCAUUUGCACCUAAUGUUCCAAGAGAGCGACCCUGACGGUCAGGUGCCACGCCGACAGAAUACCAGUGCUGGGCAAACGCAUAAGAGCGAGCCGGAAGCGCCGCCGCCGCGGCAGACGGCACCGCGACUCAGCAAUGGACACGCGCACCAGAUCACCUCACAGCUUACACAUUUGAAAGUGCUAGAACAGCUGCCGGGCACAUUGGCGCGGUUGGAGGCCGACGUGGCCGCGCUACGUAAAGCUGUCGAGGGAGACCGCAGGAUACUAGACCAGCAAGUACAGCGUGGUUGGCGCUGGCCGUGGCAGGAGCUGAGCUGGGGCACCCUGGCGCUGGUGCUGCUGUGGCCUGUUGUAGCUCACCGGCUGCUGCAGGCGAGGUCCCGCAGGCAUACAUAACGUCUCAACGCAGUACACCAAUAGUAGUAAGACUUCACUCGAUGUCGACACUGACCGCUCACACAUCGGCUAUUGUUGACAAUAACCGCGCUCGUGGCUAAACUAUGUAGAUAACUAAGGGCGGGUCUAGACGAGCUACAUUUUUGAGCAAAAUUGCCUGGUCAUUACACAAUUUUUAUGUACACUGACGUCCGAGCAAUCUAUGGCUGAGCCAUUUGUUACAAUAUGUCUGAACUGAAAGUUUUAGUGACAGCGACUGCACGUGCUGCUGCUGCUUCGAUCUAAAACGGUGGUUUCAUGUAAAUACAUACAAACCAGUAGUGCAGCUGCGGCUGAUUACAUGCAUUUCGCGACAUAUGCGGUCGACAGUUGCUGUAAGCUGCAAAAAUUCAAAACGCACGCAUCUUUCAUGGCCAUACCGAUUAUGGCAUGGUAUUACUGCAAUACCUACUAGUACUGGCUUGUAUUGCUUACAAUAUGGGGGCUACCGUUUUUUGUUUCACCAGAUGGCGCAACUGUAGCGUGAGGUCUAAAACUAUGGCAAUCAAAGUUCGUAUUAUGAGCGCUAAAACUUAUAUCUACAUUAGAUGAUGAUAUUACAUCAUAUGUAAUACAAUACAACUAUAGUGUGAACGUAUUGGCGAUGCCACAGUGUUGCGCAGUGCCGUUUUGCUCGAAAAAGAAAUGCAAACACAAGUUUCCGAAAGAUUAAAGAGUGUCAAAGCAGUGACAUUUAUAGAACCCUGAUCUGUAUUUGCCAUAAUUAAUCUAAAGUAUUGUUAAAUAUUCACAAUAUUAAUUUAAUUAGAAAUAUAAACCGUCGCGCGCAAACAAACAGUGGCAUUUGACGUUUCGAAGACCUCACGUUACACUAGCGCCUCUAGCGGCGAUUUCAUACGCGGUAGCCCUCAUUGCCGGGCACUGUGUUGCAGCCACACAUUGCACAAAAAUGUUGCCCGUCUAGACUCGCCCUACUACGACCAUUUUGCACUUUCGCCGCAAUAUAUUUUAAUGUGAUUUUGUAUACUUAAAAAAUAUAUUUCGCAUUUUUUUCGGGAUUUAUGUGAAUAGUUACUGUUUUCGUUUUUCUUUUAUUUUCUGUUGAAUUGGAACUUAUGUCACAGUAAAAUAUAUUGUGGUGUAUAUGUUAAUAAAUAUUAAGUAUGUAUGGGUUGGUCCGUUAUUUUAUGUAAAAUGGUAUGUUCAUAGGAAAAUAUCGUUUUAAAUCACAAAUAUUGCAUUUUUAAUGUUUUAAUGAAAGCUUGUAUGAUUUUUUACUUGGGUACUGGUCUUGUUAUAUCAAAAAAUUACUUGGAAUUUACAGUAAAAUUCUAGCUACAUCUAAUAUUUCUUUGCCCUUACUCAGCUUAUACCACAUGAAAUGGAUGUGAUAUAUAAAUAAAUAUAUGUUAGUCUCUCGGGUUUACCUAUAUUUAUAUUAGGUUUUUUUACCACAAGUAAUUUUAAUGAGGUUUAGCUUUACUUAGAAUUGAAUGAGGCGAACAGAUAAAAAUACUUUUUUAUAAUUAAAUCUUAAUGAUUUAUGCGGCACAAAAUUUAUCAAUUUCCUUACAACAAUAAUAAAAAAAUAAUUGGUGAUUUCUAAUAUCUUACUUCAUAAAAUAUUAUAAUUGCUCAAAAUUGUUGUAAAAAACAAAUAUUGUGUUUUUUGAUUGCUUUAAAUUGAAGUAAAACAAAAUACGACCAACUCGCUCGCACUCAAAGAAUUUAACACAUUGUUACCUAUAUUUUUAGUUUAAAAAAGGUUUUUUAAUUUCAUAAUUAUAAUUAUUAAUUAAUAUAUUUGUUUUAAGUGGUACUUUAGUUGUUUGUUGGUAAUUUUUAUGUGAUAUCUAGGUUAAGGUAAAUAUGCGUAUAAGCCAGCAUUGUAAUUUUUAUUUCUUAUUUUCAAUCUAGAGUUUUAUUUAUUAUAUUAAUACACUAUCAAUAUUUACAAGUGAACUUAACUAUAAAAAUGAAUUUUAUAAUCAUCUCUCAAAAAAAUCUGAUACAAUUUGGUUUCCCAAUGAAUUCGAUUUUUUUUCAUAAACGAAUGUAUUUGAUUAUCAAAACUAUCGAAAUGUAAAUACUGAAUAUUUUCUAUUAUUUUUGCUGUGCUGAUUUCGCAUAUUAUAUUGAUAUAAUAGUAAUGAAUUAAUUUGGUACAGAUACUCCACCUUGAGAGCUAAGUCAAAUGUAAUACAUAUUAUAGAAUAUAAAUAGAUCGACCUUUGAAUCCUUUGAACCCCCAUACGGAAAUAAACUUAGGUUCUGACAAACUGUUUUAUCCACUGGAACUGAAAAGUAUACCUAGUGUCCAAUAAUUUGAUUUGACUUUUCCUCACGCUUAAUCAACUUGUGAAUAAACGAGAAAGUUAUUUUCCCACAGCUGUUUGAUUAAGUGAUUUAUAUUUCAGGUAAUAAAACAGUUUUUCAGAAUCUGAAUUAUGUAAUCAUGAGUACAGCGAUAAUACCGCGUUUUCAUCAUAACAGAAAUCUGUAAAAUAUUGAUAUAUACUUGGGUAAACACAUCUUCAAAUAAUAGACUUUAAAAUUGGGUUUUGAAGUUGUAUUUUCACUCUUAACAGUUAAAUUAUUUUCUUCAUAGACAACCCAUAAAAUAAUGAAUGUUGUAGAAAAUGUACUCAUUACUAGAAUUUGGAACUUUGGUAGAUUCUGAACUUUUUCUACCAUUGUUUCAAAAUCCAUGUCCGUUGUAAAUUGAUGUCUAAAAUAUUGUAAUAAUAUCAAGCACUGUCGGUACUGAAUUAUGUAUGAACAUUUAUUUGUUAUUGUAAUUAUGAAAUAAAGGGGAUUUUUUACUGAA